GAUCAGCUUCUGUGGCUUUCAUGAGCUACAACACGAUGGAGAAUCUACUGAAGCCAGACUUCUUCAACACAUCAAACAACACGAUUAAAACCAUGAUGUCCACUGUGAUCUCAGCUACUCUUCCCAAAACCACCAACACUAAACUCACUAAACCAGUCAACUUCACCCUAAAACACAUCAGAGAGUUUGAUCCCAGUGGUUCUCUGUCCUGUGUGUACUGGAAUAUCAGCGAGUGGAUUGUAGAUGGUUGUUCUGUUUUAAAGACCAACAGCAGCUACACUGUGUGUUCCUGUGAUCAUCUGUCGACAUUCGCUCUUGUGCAAACCAGCCAUCAGUCAGAGAGCGACUCACAUCUGGCGAUUGUGGUGUGUGUGAUCGUGGGACUGGUGUUCAUCAGUUUGGCUCUGUUGACCUUUGCCCUUUAUAAGUGGAGUCCUCUGCGUGAUUGGAUGCGAGGUUGCGUUGUGCUGGGACCUGAAGGCUACAACAGGGAAGAGUGA